GCGGAGAAAAUCCAGCGCAAAAAAUGGGAGCGUCAACUUCGUCGGAGCAGUCGGUUCCGAUCGAGCAACGAGAGGCUGAAAACCUAGCAGCCUCCACCGGAGCUCUCUCCACUCUCCAGAAGUGUUUCUCUAUCCUCGCCGAUCCUCACUCCGGCGCUAUUCCCUCCGAUUCUCUUCAGCAAUGCUUCCGGUUGAGUUACGAGAAUCCGGUGACCGGAGCUACUGCGAUUCCGGAUUCAUUUCCGGCGGUGCUGGAUCAUCUCGGACCGUGCAUAGCGGACUUGUUUUUCGUAUCGGAAAAAGGCGGAGUGAGUUGGAUUGAGCUCGUUAGAGGCUACAAUAGGUGUUGUGCUAGAAAGCCUUUAUCCAUGUCUGUUACUACUUUACUUAGAGUUUUUACUGCCACGGUUAAAAAAGCCGGUUUAAAUUGUAAUUUGGAAUUUGAGACUGGUGAUGAUGAUUGUAAAAUUACCGGGUGGCUUAUGCCCGUGGAUGUGGUCAUGCUUCUUUGGAUGUGUUGGGGGAUGAAUUGGUUUUCGAAAGAGGGAAGGAAUUUGUGUGUGCCGGAUGUUAAGCACAUUGUGUUGUCUGCAAUUGAGUCAUGUGCUGAAGGUGAUAGUGGGGUGAAUGUGUGGGAGUGGGAGUUUUCCGGUGAGGAAGUUCAGCUUCCUGUGGGGAAGUUUCUGACUUGGGUUUUGAAGACAGUGCCUAGUCUUCCUGGUUGCUUUUCGGAGUUUGUUUAUGCGGUACUCAAACAUUCUGCUUCUCAAGAGCCUGGAGUGGAAUGUUUGACUUCUUCAGCUGCUGGUACUUCAUCAGCUGCAGAUACUUCUUCAACUGUGGAAUGCAGUUCUACUCUUUUAUCCCCUGGAAUAGCAUGGGCUAUUUCCCUCACACUAACAGGCCCACUAGGUGAAGAGAUAUCAAGGGCAUGCUUCCCUACUGAUGCUAAUGAAAUAAAUAAUGACCUACUUUACAGGUCACAUCUUCAUGGGAGAGGGUUGAAUAGAUUCUGGUCUAAUGUUCAAGGUUACCAAGGUCCUCUGCUUGUUCUAAUUGCUGCAACAUCAGAAGAUGGUAGUGCCAAUAAAAGAAAUUGGAUUAUAGGUGCUCUCACACAUCAAGGUUUUGAGAAUAGAGAUCUCUUCUAUGGAAGUUCAGGAUGUCUAUAUGCUUUAAGUCCAGUCUUUCAUGCGUAUCCACCUGCUGGAAAGGAAAGGAACUUUGUGUAUAGUCAUCUCCAUCCCACUGGCAAGGUGUAUGAGGCGAAACCAAAGCCUGUUGGUAUAGGAUUUGGUGGAAGUAUGGGAAAUGAGAGAAUUUAUGUGGAUGAAGACUUUUCGAAGGUUACGAUUCGCCAUCAUGCAGCUGACAAAACUUAUCAGUCUGGCUCCCUCUUUCCUGAACAGGGCUUCCUACCUGUUGACGCUUUGAUCACAGAGGUUGAGAUUUGGGGACUUGGUGGGAGAGGUGCAAAGGAUGUCCAGGAUUCAUAUAAGGAUAGGGAACAACUUUUCACUGAACAAAGAAGAAAGGUUGACUUGAAAACAUUUGCAAACUGGGAGGACUCACCAGAAAAGAUGCUGAUGGACAUGAUCUCCAACCCCAAUGCAAUUCGGCGGGAAGACCGCUAAAAUGCACUGUAUCUGUGAACUGUAAUUUUACUUUCUGGCUGGUAAAAAUGUGAAUUGUAUUUACAACAUAGAGUUGGUCUGUUGGCCAAAUAAUAAUCCAUAAACUCAAAAUAUUGUGUGACAGUUGUGUGUGGCUUUCGAUUACAGCUUGUAUGCUUUUACACAACUCGCUGUAUGUAUCAGUUGACAUCCCAAACCGUACUACAGUUUGGGCAGAUCGUGGUUGAAUUUCUAGUA